AUGCGGUUUACACUCUGUACUGUUGACGCUAAUGAUGCUGAGCUCCUGGUACGAAAAUGCGAUUUUCCGGCAAUGCAAGAUAACCCGUUGCAUCUCAUAAUGUUUCCCAAUUCGUGCAAGGAAGCAGAAGAAGAAGAAAUAAAGUGGACGGUUGAUGCAUUACGAGAGACUCUUACAACACACCCAGCGGGGUUUCGCAAAGUCUGUUUAGAGGACGGCACAGCUGUUGGUUUUGCUGGAUGGAACUUAGAGCAGACUGCACCGAUUGGUGGCACCUCCAACAAUGGGGAUGCUGUAAAAGAGAGGAGAAAGCCAAACGAUGUCCCCAAACGUAAUUAUUGGCAUCCAAAAACCUUAGACGUGGAAGCUUGGUUGGGAGUUUCGCGACUGCUCAGGGAGGAAAAGACAAGGGUUCUCUGCAAUCGCAAGAAUAUCUGGCUGGGGCUGUGA